AUGGCGGCCCAAUGGAGGGGGUCAGAGAGCUUGGACGAGGUCAACCCAGCUAUGGUGGCUCAACUGCUCCGCGAGGAGACAGCCCGCUGGCGGGAGAUCAGCAGUACCCACCUUCAGCUCUCAUGGGAUGCUGUAGAUCGCUUUGUUCAUCUGGCACUGAAACACUGCGUCCCUCCGAGACUACUACGAUACUUGAAGAAGUUUGUAGUGAAUGACCGCAUGGAAAGGCUUCGGUAUCAUGCCGAUGAGAAACUUGAAGAACUGCUCCGAUGUCACGGAGGCACUAACCCUGCCUUUCACGACUUCGUAUGCGAACUCAAUAACGAUGCUCUGGAGCUGGGAGCCGGGAUGCGGGAGAAUCUCGGAACCGAGUUGGUUGGCCAGCUCAAUUCCAUUUUCCCCCUGGAGACUGUAGAAGAGUUUCUCAAGUUGCUAGGUAACUCAGCGGGAUCAAUCACACCUUGGAAGACCCAAAUUGCUGAGGUCUUGUUUAAGGAGGCGAGAAAGAGAAUUGGGGAUGCUGCUUCUGCGGCUAUUGCACAGGACACACCAGAGAUAUCGGCUCGACAAAAGUUCGAACAGGAAGCAGUACGCCGCGCGAUUUCCAUCGCAGAAAAAUACUACAAGGUGUCACUUAUCUCCUUUGUGUCUUACGCCAACGCUUUGGUAGUACAGAGUUAUCUUCUGGAGCGACUUCCCUACGAGGUUUUUACAUUUGAGAUCAUUUCGAGUCAGAGUUCAGAAACAGUUUCCGAGAUUGCUGGAGAAAAGGAUGAUGAUGUUAAGAAGCGUGCCGAGUGUGAGAGGAACUUGGGUAUUUUGAGGGCUGCGAUGCAGUGUUUCAAGGACUUCCGCCAUGACUUGUCCUAG